CGACCAUUGUUCAAGAUGGCGGCAAAGAUGGCAGUCGGAGCAGCUCCUUGGGUUAGUGCAGUUAGAGAUGUACACAUAGCUGAUACAGUUGAUGAACCGUACUUUAAGAUUUUAAAGGCUGCCAAUACGAUAUAGAUUGGAGGCGAAUGGGUUAAGUUGAAGCCUGUAACCCCAUCUCGGGUUCAAAUGUGCCUCGUCCUCAGUGUAGAUAUAAACUUCUCGUCCUUCAGCGUUCUUUGAUAUUGUCAUCAUCUUGUGAAGUUUCUUAUCAGUUAAUCAUACCAUUUUUAUAGUGAUAUCUCCUAAACCUCGUUCGAUCAAGAAAUGAAUGUUUUUGGUUAAUUUUAAAGUUUAAACUUUGCAUGGUUCAGUCUGUUUUCAUUUAUCUCAAGCAUAAUAUGAUAGACUUUUAUCGGUUUUAUAUAUAUAUAAAAAAAUAUCAAAUUCUAUUAUAUAAAUAAGGAAAGAAAUCCCCUUCUGCUGAGAAAAAGGGUAGUGCUCUUAGACCUGCUACCACUUUAGUUAGAAAAAAGAGUUCUUAAAUUUAUAAGUGAGCUACAAGUAGAUGGGAAGAAAAGGAAUUGAGGGGACAGAAGGCCAACUUUCUUUCUUCUUUUUUUUUCUUUUUUUUUUGCCCCUAAAGAAAUCGAGAGAACCACGAACAAACUUCUAUAUUUUUAUUUGUGCUGCUGACCUCCCCAGUUUUUUAAUUACCUGUUAAGGCUGGCCAUGCAAUUUAUCUUCCUUUUCCAAUUGUUUUUAAAUUUUAGUUAAAUACCUUUGUAACCAGUGUAAUAAUGGCAUGUUUCUGUGUUUUUUGACACAAAUAAAUAGAAGAGCAGACUUUUGGUUGCUGUCUCAGUACCUGCCCUUGGUGUUCCUUUCUUGCAAACUGUGAAAGCUGGCUCCAUCAAGGUGCAUCCCAGAGAGGUAAUUACUAACACUUUACCUUCACUUCUAUAUUACUACACUACAGGAUUUUGCUAUCCACCAGAUAGAGAUUUAUCCAGUGGAUAGCAUUAUCCAAGCUUCAAACAACAGGUGCCAGAUGGGUAACAUGGCUCAUUAGCUGACGUUAACCAAGUUAACCACUAACCUUUAACUCCCAGAAGCAAUCAAUAUUAAACUUCUCCCUAUAAUAUCAUUACAUUAUCCAGCAAAUAGGUAAUUAUAAUAUUCAAAGUUAUCAGGUAGAAGUUGUUUACUUGAUCUAACACAAAAUUCUCAUAACUAAAUUUACAAGGAAAUGGGUAGCAGGUAGAGGGGAGAAUUAACAAUCAGAUCUUGAAAGUUAAAGGGUUAAAUUAAUUUUUGACCAAUUGAUUUUAGUUGGAGAUUUAUGAUGAGCCAGUUGAAAUAUCACAAGUCAAGCCUGAUGAGGACAAAGUCUCAGCAUUUGAGGAGAAAGUUUCAAUAGCCAGAAGAUUUGUAUGGGGCUGGACUUCCAAAGUGAAGGUUGGGAAAUAACUUUUAAUUUGCAACAAAUCUUAUGUAUAACAGUUCCUAGUUUGUUCUCACUAUACUGAAGUUACCAUCAAGAACAGGUAGUAUUGUCAACUGGUCGGUGCUGUGUUCUCCCUUAUCAUUAGCUGAGGACAGGUAAAAGAAACUUUCAGAGCAGUAGAGCAAUCCUGUUAUCCUGUUACCAGUUAAUUUUUCAAGAAUUCCAAGUGACUGUAGAAAGUAAUAAGAGGUACACUGUACUAAAGGCAGUUGUUCUGGAACAUAAUUGCAUACUGGGGCUUUAGUUGUCUGUGGUUUAGCUUUAAAGCCAAAAGAAAAUCAUUUUUGAUUUGUAGCAAUGAUUUUUAUUUUUAUUUUUUGUGGUAAAAAAUAAAUCCUAAACAAUUAUUAAAGAUAAUGUUGCUUUCUUCUAACAGAAUAGUGUAGAGGAAACAAGAAGAACCUUUUCUUCAGUCGAGGAAAGAUCAUUAGGUACAUGUACAUAUUAUAAAUCAUGGCUCUUAGAUUAGACAACUGUUUCAGAGAGGAUAACUAUUUUGGUCUCAAUUUUUAAUGCCCUUGCAGUUCUCAUAAACCAUUUAGCCUCAAAGAUUUACAGGUUCUGAUAUUUGAAGAUUUUGUCUUUUGCCCCUGAACUUUAUCAUUCUGUUCCCAGUGAAAAAAUAUCCUGCAAAGCAAAAGAAAAGAAAGUUCCUUGUCCUGUAUCUCUGACACAUUUUUUGUUGCAUCUGUGAAAACAGUGCACGCCUUAGUACUGUGUUUGAACGGAGUCAUUUUUUUUCAAUAAUACAGAAUUUGUUCAGCUCCUGCAUACUGACAGACAGUUUCAAAUGAAAGUUGGUGGAAUAACAGCAUCUGUGUUUGCCGGUGCACUGCUAGCAGGAAGAGGCCGUAAGUACUUUGAAUUCUUUUGCAAUUUACCUCUUACCUCCCAAGAUUUUCUUUCUGAAUCUCUCUUCCAGAUAUCAUACAUUUUAUUUACACUACUAAGUAGAAAGGAGAAUUUGGUCCUAUAUCAGUGUAACAACCUUCAGCCAAUACAAUUGACACAUUUUCCAUCCUCAUUAACUUGAUGCUGAUUAAAAUUAGAAGGAUUAAGGCCCAGAUUUAUUCAAUUCAAUCCAUUGGCUUGGCAAAUCUGUUGAUCUUUUUAUUUCAAAAUGGUUCAUUGGCUGAGUUCAGUGUUUGAUUGGCUCAUUUUCUAAUGAUAACAAAAAAACAAAUUGACAGCAAACAUCGUAAACUUGCUCUUACCUUCCCUUGAGAAUUUCCUUAUACUGCAUGGGAGCAACUACAAGUAAAUGUGCCAACCUCACUGGUCAGAAACAGAUGAUCCACAUCAAAGAAAAAUGUUUUUAAAAACCUAUCAGUUUUGAUGUACUCCUGUUGUAAUGGUGAACUGUGAAGAAGUACAACACUCAUGCCAGUCUGCAAAGAAUAGCAGAGCUACUUUGUAUAACUUGAUCAGAUCAUCUGCUUGCAGGACCAUUUUUACUCUUAUGAUGACAACAUUUAGGCAAUUCACCUCACAUGUGCAUGUGCCACUCUCCACCAGGAAGCAAAUAUAUAGUGGUUUCAGAGAAAUUUCUGCUUCACUUGCCAGCCUUAUAUGUCCCUCUGUGUACUCUGUACAUUUUAUUUGUAAUUUCUCUCAUUAUUUUUUCCAUUUUUUUUUUUGGAUUUUAUUGACUGCCAUGGAUUAUUGUUUCGUUCCAGGUCGGCCAAUAAGGAGAAUUUUCUUCUCAUCCGUUUUGGGAACAACUGCAGCAGCCAUAUGUUAUCCAAAAGAGGCAGUUCUGAUAACACAAACAAAUUACCACAGACUAAAAACCUUUGUAAUAGAGCAGUGGGAGAAACAUAAUAAACGACAAGCUGAAAGAGCUGUAAAGGAGGAGCUUAAAACUGCUGUUGAUGAAACAAAAACCUUGGGAGGUCAGAAAACCUCCACAGCAGAAGAAGUUAAAGCAGAGACUGCUUCAGUGGAUGAAGUCAAAGAAGAGGGUGCUUCAAACCAGGAAAUUAUUGAGAAGCAAGAAACACAAGAGACAAAUGCAGAACCACCAGUUGUGUCCACUGAAAACACAUCCAAGGGAUCAUUCUGGAGUAAGAUCCCAUUUGUCGACAAGUUUACGGGGGCAAAACCAAGUGAGGCUGAUGAAGUGAAGUCAGUCAAAGUGGUAGAGUCUGUUGAUAAGACUGGAAGUAGCAAAGAUCAAGUGAUAGUUCAAGAGAAGACAUCAAGUGAUGUGCCCAAGCCAGAAGGAGACACAGGGCAAUCUAACCCUGAAGACAAAGACAUGUACUCUACUCGCUCAUAAAUAUUGACAUCUCAUCCAGCCACUAACUACAGAGUGAUAUUAUUAACAAAAUAUUUUUGCUGAAGGCAAAUUUAAAGAAGAACAACACUAUGUCCAGCUACUUUAUUAACCCGCCAUUGAGUAUGCUGUCUCCAUACUGAUGUUUAUGACACUGUUAAGGAGAAUUUGUGUAAUAAUCAAGAGCUUCUUUUUCCUCUCUUCUUUCAUUUACCUUUUUCUUGUGACCUUAAGGUGAUAUUUUAGCAAGAAGUUCGAUGCUAGUCUUUCUUAGGAAUCAAAGGAUGGUCAAAUAUUGGUGCUGAACAAAAAUCUAAGUUUACAAAUAGUUCCUUAAAAGCAGAUCUGCUUACAUUUUGUAUUACACCUGUAAAAAGUCUGAUAAUUAAUUUUUCCAAAGAGUAUUUGGCAGAACUUGAGAGCAGUUUGCUGCCUGCGCUUUAUUUUGCUUAGCUAAAUUUUACUUUAUUAGGAAAAGAAAGACUACUAAUUUCCACCUCAACUAAGAUUUAUGUAUACUUGCCCCUUUUUUUUUACUUUUUACUUUUAAUUAACACUUUUCUGCUUGACCCCUUUGUUCCUUAGAUAAACAAUGAGAAAUGAGAUAAGGAAGGAAUAAAGAAUUUUUAAUAGGCACUGUGUUGCAUUCAAUUGGAAUUUUCCAUGUCAAAUAAUUUGAUGUUCUGUACAAGUACUACAGGGUGUUGUGAUUCCUCUAAAUCGUUUUGAUAUCACUAUUUCCAAGUAUGCACAACUGAGUAUCAUACUUUUUGAAAGAAAAACUGGUCAAGAACAAUUUUUCUUUCAAAAAGUAUGAUUCAGAUUAACUUUCCUCAAAAAGCAAACAAAACAAUCAUACUUCUAAAACGUCCUCUUGAAUGUACAUAAUUUAUAUUUUCAACCAUGUGCAUACAUUUCUGGCUGAAUAAAUUUCAUUCCCACUUUACUUGGCAAAAGAAGCCAGAAGGGGAAACAACUAAUGAUAGUGUUUUUCUCCUUGCUAUAAUUAUACUGUAUUUCCUCAAAUAAGCAUCCAGGCGUUUAUUUAGAAACGCAGCUAAGCGAGGAGGGUUUAUUAAAAGGAGGAUGCUUAAUCAAUGAGGGUGCUUACUAACUUAGCACAGCAAAAGGACAAGAAUCAACAGAGCAGAUAAUAUACAUAAAGGAACUCUGAAAACGCAUUGACAUAGAUG